CAUCAUCUACUUUGUAUCGUGAUAUAUCGAGUGGUUUUUUAUAGCUUCAAUAACAAAACAUAUCUUUUCUGCAACUGAGCUUAACUACUAAGGUAUGUUCGCAACUGUCACACUCUCGCCAGAGUGUUGACUUUGCACUGCCUACGUUUGCCGAGCAGUGAAGAAAACACGAGGAAACCCUGAUAAGAAUAUGGUGUGCUUCGUGUGCGAGUUUAUUGCUGCCUGGAGUGCAAAUCAAAACACGCAAAUUAAAACGGCAAACAUUUACGUAGCGAGGUCACACUUGAACGGGAUAGGGGAAAAUGGAUGUAAGGUUGUGUUACCCCAAAACAGCAACACCACUAGCGCCACUUUCGUGUCGAAGUAGAGCUAGGAUAGGUAGGUUAUUGACGCCAACUCGCCAACAAUUAUGAGCUUUAUUUAGCGUUCAUCUUUAAUUGAACGCUUCAAAUUAGCGUAUGCGAUAUGUGGUCGAGCGAGUGACGAUCGUACACGAGCUUAACAACGACGUUAAGGUACGAAAGAAUGAAGCACCAGCACACAGGCGCCAUCUUGAGAAAGUAGAAGAAAAUUAAAGUCAAGGGUAAACCCGUAAUGAUGACUUUGACAGGCGGAGUUACCGUCACGACCUUGCCUAAGAUCCAAUUGAUGGCGUCUAUUUCUGGUUAGUCUUUUUCCCCAUUCUUGGCCUCAUGCGGUCCAAUUUCCGGACGAAUGGAGCAGCAGUGGUUAAUAAAUUGGAUCAACUGCAACGCCGGGAUCUUGCCGUACCCCACACUCUUACUCUCUUAAGCUAGUUUAAAGUGGUCAGUACACGCGCGGGCGCGCAUUCGCUCUUGAAUAUGAGUUACCCAGUAUUUCCUGCACCGGACGGAUGCCGCCGAUCGUGCUCUCGUUCACGUGUGUUGUCCAUACAAAUUCCCCCAGGCCCCGGAGCUCCUCACAACAGGUACGGGAAUGUGCGCCAUUAUGAAGUCAAUGAGAAGCUGCCAACCGGAAUUGGACAGCCGAGAUGCUGCUGUCAGCUGUGGUUCAGAACACAGUGUCAAGUGCUCUGAAGCACUUUGGUGUGGGGCGUACGGACGAAGACAAAAACCAAAAACAACAGCAAAACUUUAGAUCUUUUAUUUCCCGAGAUACUGGGGGCAGUGAGGUGUAGAUCCUUACCCUAGGCGCUGGCACGUUGCGCUAACUGUCGGCAAUAAAUUACUUAAGAUAGCAAGUAGCGUGCCACUAUCUUAGCGGACUCGCCACCACACGACGGAUAGCGUUCAGUUUCAGGGGUUUUUUUUUCUUUUUUGCUCGCAUUUGUGGGUGUACAUACCUAUGUUUGUGUCGUUUUUUUUUGUAUAUCACGAAAGCUUCUCCACAUCAUCUCCUACAACACGUGAUAUAUAGGCAGCAUGUAUGGUACAGGGUGGCUGCUGUUGUUGAGCCAGACUCCUGUUUGCAUUCUGGACUCGUAUCUCGUGGUAUCUGUUGAUUUUCGCCCCGCUAUAAAUAGUGCCUGUAUUAAUCUUUGACUCGCGUUUAUACACUUCUCCUUUUUUUAACACUGCGGCUUAUUGACUUGUAUGUGUGUGUUUUUUGGUCAUCAUCAUCUCGCGAGUUGUUCGGUCCAAAUAUGUGGAGUGAACUGCUGGAGGUGUUAAUUUGGAUUACGUGGUGAUAUCGUGUGGGUUGAGAUUGGGUUGGUUGCUUUACUCUUAGCAGCAAUUUAAGAUAAAUGUUGUCAACCAUCUAUUCCAGAGUGUUUUCGAAAUAAUAUUCUACCAAUGUCAUUCGAUUCCUUCUUUUUGGAACAAAUUGAAUUACUUAAACCGAACAAAGAUAGAUCAUCAACGGAAUUAUGUUAUUCCAUCAUCGGAGUCGCACGGAUAUCAAUACCCAAGCAUUGAAUUGCUUUUCUCUUUCUACCGUCUUCUGAAGCUUCCAAGCUCUAGAAUUCAAUUUAUUUAGCAUUUGUUUCAGCUCCUAGAUCAGAAUUGCUGAUUGAAUAUUUCAAUUCAGACGAAAACGAUCUAUUUAUUUUCUAUUUAUGGUUAGCCGUGGGACACAUUUCGCUGCUAAAGUGAUGUCUAACACGUGCCUCCGGCAUGCAAGGAAGGCAAUAACGUCCUUGACAAUGUUUGUACUCUAUCAUCAAACGGCUAUCACACUUCCUGGCUAUUUAUCUUGCAUAUUUUUAGGGUUUCUAAGUGCAAAUCAUUUCUUCAAACAUCUAUCAACGCAAAGAAGGUGUUAAUUGUGCUGGGAAUGACGCUUGAAUGGUUUGCGAUAUUUAGUAUGCUACAAAAGGGCAUGAGCUAUAAAAUGAUAACAUAAUUAUUCAUUAAAGUUGUGUACUCUAUCGCUCACGGUGUUCAUUUCUCUCCAAGGAAAAUGGACGUUGUGUAACGAUUCGGUGGUCAAAUUCCAAAUAUCGUGCGUGAACCUGAUGGGUUGGUUACAUGGUUGUAAUUUAAUCCACACGAACGAAGUUCAUUGCUAACUUAGAAUUCCGUUCCAGGGGAACGGUUGUUGCGUUAUAGUCCUCCAAUUGCUAUGCUCUGGUGGGGGUAAAAAAGCAUACGAGCAUAACGAUGUUGUCCGGCAGUCGUGAGGGGUUGUCGAAAAACAGAAACAAAACAGGAAAAAAACACACAUUUGGGGACGCGACGCAACUGUCCAGAAACACGUGAAAUGAAUAAAAUAUAGCUUCCAACCACCGCCAACGUGGCGUUUUGUUUUUUUUUAUUCAUAAAAACCUAAUGGAGGGACGGUCGAUGGUUUUAUGUGUGCAAACGCGCAUAGAAGUUAACAUAAGCUAGAACAGGUAGUUACUCUCCAGAAUGUUAACGUUUUGCACAGGAAAUUGUGGACCUAAGAGCCGUACGACCCAGGAAGAGAUACCAUUGGGACGCGGUUCAUAAAGCGAAAGAGUGUAGAAUCAGCAAACGGACGAUGACGAUAACAUUCGGCAGCAUGGCUACUUUGUGCAGCUCGGUGAACGAGAACUAUGUUCUCGUCGAUUAGCCGUGUGUCGUUGACUUUGUUAACUUAAUGACUCAUAAUGUGCGUGUUUCCGUUAGGUAAGGGUAAAGAGUCCGCAGUCAUGUUUGUGUUUUUGUAUUUCCGAUUUCUUGAAUUAACUUUCAUUUAUUGUUUACCCUUAUUUACGCCGCAUUUUUAAUAUUUAAAUAUGCAUUAAUUUUAUAUCGCACGUGCUUGUGAGGUCAUUAUUUUGUAUUUAAAAAAAUACAGUUUUUGUUUUGUAUUUAUUGGAUUAUUUUAAUCCAAUAGAAUAUUUGUUCUACGUCGCUGGCAACACUGUUCGUGCGAUCGGUGAAUGAACACAAAAUAAAAUUUUGCGAGCGAGAUGGCACGAAGAGUAAAUAUGCAAAUGAUACGAACGAACUCUCGAUUUUGACGCAGUGGUUCACUAUCAUUUCUCUCUCUCUCGCGCGCUCCUAACGUCAUUUGUCAAUGGUCAAAGACAGCGCACAGUUGAAAUGUGAAUUUAGUAUUUAGGACAAAAUUGAAUUGAAUUGAAGAUGCAUUUAACUAACCGAAAAUGUAACUAGUUUUUAGUUUGCCUGUAAUAUUGAUUUAUAUUCAUAUUUCAUAAAUAUUGUUAUAUUGAACCAUAUCACAUAUGUAAAGAGCAUAAUGGUGAUAUGAAGUGAUGCUUUAGAUUUAACAAGAAUUUGGAAUUUGCGCUUGUACGACACCUUUUAACCAUUAAUUUAGGUGUUCUUACUUUCAAUGAUUUUUCUUCACAUUCAGUAGGAGCCUGUGUUGCUUCACUAUCUUAAAGAUUCAUAUAAACCGUUUUUAUGGAAUUUAAAUGAUGGAAGUUACGAAGUUAUAACAAAUCUGUCCAUAUAGCAGUAUGAUUUAUGUCAACUGUGCACCACAUGGUGAUUCAUAAAAAUAUCUCUCUAAUCGCACAUGAGAGCGAGUCUCACGAGAGAGAGAGAGAGAGACUGAAAGAGGGUGUGCGCACGCGUGAGAACCAACACCGAAUGAACUCGUUUCGUUGCGUUAGCGUUGAGCUCGCACGCAAGAGAGCGCAAAACGAAUGAACAACAAACAACAAAUCCAGCAGCAGCUGUGUUGGGAAGCCGUCAUCAUCAACGCACCCAGUGCCACGGCCCAAACGCGCGACCCGACGUGUUGUGCCCGGGUGACGGUUUUUAUUCCACUGUUGGCGUUCCGGCCGUUUGCAACUCUUGCCGGCCACAGCCACAGCGCGCGAGAGCGCGUAAUCGCGGUUCGCGGAUUUUUGUUCCAUUGCGUUUAGUUUUGUUUUAAUCUGUACCCGGUACGCGCUGUUAAACUGGCGUUUUAAGUUCAAAGUUUUGCUUUCGAUUUCGAGUUGUUGUAGCUUGGCGCGUGUGCACAUCCUUUCGAAGUUUGGUAUGAUCGUAGGAAACAGAAAGCUGAAAGUGAACGCAUUGCAAUAGACGCAUAUCGAAGAAAAAACAAAUCGUAGUGUGCACAGUAGACACAGAAGAAAAAAGAUGUGAAAAGGUGCUAAAACAAACAACGAAUUAAAGAACGAAGUGAUUUAGUAGAGAUCUAUCAUCUAAAAAGAAAACAAAACGAAACGUGGUAAAUAAGUGAGGAAUAUCAACAACGAUUAGUGAAAAGUGAAAAAUACAAUUAGUUCGCCACCACCGCCCGUGCCUGCAGCGCCUUCCCUGAUGACGCUAUGUGCGAGGUCGCGACCCUGACCGACAGCAAACAGCAACCAUCGUCACCACUACUACUAGUCGGCAUAAUGGGGCAAACAUCGUCCUCCGGGACGGCGGCCAGUAAUAACAACAAUAACAAUCAUCAUCUUCAGCAUGGUGGCGCUAGUCGAAAUGGGAAGAAGAUGUAUCAUCGCCACAGCUCGGUUCAACCGGCACUGGCCAGCAUCAGGCUGCUGAAGAAGGAGAAUUCGCUCACGGUGGGCGGAAGUGGAGCGAAACGAGACGCAGUAUUACUGCAGAAGGCACGCACCGAAAGCCGCAACAUGGACCAGUAUGGGUUGCUGUUAGCGAACGGUGGUGCCACCGGUACGAAUGGUACCGCAACAGGAACAACGGUGACAGCACCGUCCUGUCCGAGUGAAGCAACAACGGCCAGUAACGAGUUGACGGCGCUACUCUCCUCGGGCAGUGCGGCCGAGGUGGACCGUUCGGCGAACUCCGUUGCAGGCAAUGGAGCUAGUAGUCGGGAGUUCUUCAAAUCGGGCGACGAUACGUACCACCGGACGGACUGUUGUUACUACCGCACGAUGGACAAUGGCUAUCACAAGUUACCUUCCGAUUCCUACCACAAAACGACCGAAGGAUGCUAUGUCAAGAUGGCGGACGGGAGUUUCCGGCGGCUCGAUUACACGCCCGGUAGUGCAACCGAUGGGGAGGAGGACGGUUCCCCAACAGUUCCAGCAGUAACGGCUGCGGCACCCGUACAGUAUCGCGUUCGCAACCCGAUGAUGAAGUUUCUUAAGCGCUCAAAGUCACACACACCCGCCACGAUAGCCCAGCUGCAGAAGGAGAAAGAACAGCGAGAUCGUAAGGCUGCACCGCAGCAUCAUCGGCUCAGCACGAUCCAGGCGGCGGACGGUGGAGAUGUGGCGGGUCGUCAACAGGCGGCAGCUGCAGCUGCCGCACUACUGCAGCAUGCCGGCCAUCACCAUCAUCAUCAAAAAUCUGUGCCAACUUCCGGACCGCUGCUAGUGUCGUCUACGUCACAGCAACCGGUACUGACUGCCGGUCAGUCGAGUCAGCAAUCGCAGCAGCAUUCGCAUUCGCAUCAGCACCAUUCGCACCAUCAUCACCAUCACCACAACCAUGCCCAUCCACCGUCAACGUCAUCGAUCGUGGAACAGCAGGUCCAGAGCAACCAUGGUGCCGUCACUAAGCAGAGCGGUGCGGCGGUACCGAAUCAUCAAAACCGACGCGUCAUGGUGACGAUGAUCGAUGGUGGACUGCCGGUGGUGGCCAAGAGUAAACCCAUCCACGACAAACCGAAGAGUGCCAAAGCCCGCGUCCAGGAGGUGAAAAGGGAUAAGGGCUCACCAAAUAUGCAAAUGCGCGGUACACCCGCCCGAUGGCGAUCGGGCGAGGAGCACAUCGGCAAGUACAAGCUGCUGAAAACGAUCGGCAAGGGUAACUUUGCAAAGGUGAAACUGGCGAAGCACGUUCCAACCAACAAGGAGGUCGCCAUCAAGAUUAUCGAUAAGACCCAGCUGAAUCCUUCCUCACUGCAGAAACUAUACCGAGAGGUGCGGAUAAUGAAAAUGCUCGAUCAUCCGAACAUCGUGAAGCUGUUUCAGGUGAUCGAAACGGAAAAGACGCUCUACCUGGUGAUGGAGUACGCGUCCGGUGGCGAAGUGUUCGACUAUCUGGUUGCCCACGGCAAGAUGAAGGAAAAGGAGGCACGCGCCAAGUUCCGACAGAUCGUGUCCGCCGUACAGUACUGCCAUCAGAAGCGAAUUAUACACAGAGAUUUGAAAGCGGAAAACCUGCUGCUCGAUAGUGAGAUGAACAUUAAGAUAGCGGACUUUGGUUUCUCGAAUGAGUUCACGCCCGGUUCGAAGCUGGACACGUUCUGCGGUUCGCCCCCGUACGCUGCGCCCGAACUGUUCCAAGGCCGCAAGUACGAUGGUCCGGAGGUGGAUGUGUGGUCGCUUGGCGUCAUUCUCUACACUCUGGUCAGCGGUUCACUGCCAUUCGAUGGCGCCACCCUGAAGGAGCUGCGCGAGCGCGUCCUGCGGGGCAAGUACCGCAUUCCCUUCUACAUGUCUACCGACUGUGAGGUCCUGCUGAAGAAGUUCCUCGUCCUCAACCCAUCGAAGCGCGCCAACCUCGAAACGAUCAUGAAGGACAAGUGGAUGAACAUGGGCUAUGAGGACGAUGAGCUGAAGCCGUACGUCGAACCGUUGCCCGAUCUUAAAGAUCAGAAACGGAUAGGUAAGACGGAAGCGCUAGUCGCGAUGGGCUACAAUAGGCAAGAUAUUGAAGAUUCAUUGGCAAACACCAUGUACGAUGACGUAUUCGCCACUUAUCUACUGCUCGGAAGAAAAAGCACCGACUCCGAGUCGGACGGCUCCCGGUCCGGAUCGUCCCUGUCGUUACGUAACAUUGCUGGCAACGAGGGUGCCGCAGCCGGUAACUCCCAGGUGCAAAGCCCAACGCAUCGCGGCGUGCAUCGAAGCAUAUCCGCGUCCAGCACCAAACCAAGCCGGCGAGCCUCCAGCGGUGGCGAAACUCUGCAAAUCUUCCAACGCUUCAUUACAGGCGUUGGUCCAACGACGGCCGUGGCCGCAGCCGCAGCUGCCGCCGCUGUCGGAGCCGGUGGUGGUGGGGUGGGCGGCGGCGGUGGUGGUGGUGUCGUCGGCAAUAUUGCAUCAACGGGUGGCACUGGUACGGUGGUCGGCGGCGGUACCGGCGGAGGCGGUACGGCCGGUGUCACCGGGAACAGUGUUCACGCAGGAGCGAACAGCAACCACAGUUCAGGCACUGGCGGUAGUGGCGGCGGUGCAUCUGAAAGAACAUCGAUAAGCAGUAAUUUCAAGCGUCAAAAUACAAUCGACUCGGCGACGAUCAAGGAAAAUACGGCACGGUUGGCCGCACAGAAUCAGCGACCGGCAUCGAGCAUAACUAAACCGAUUACCUCGGUAGACAACUCAUCGAUCUCCAGCCCGGCGAAAGCGCGUACUACCAGCAGCAGUACGAGUACCAAGUAUGACCCGAGCAACGGCUCCCGGACAGUAGGCCCCAGUGCCGGCCUAAUGCCCAGACGGUCCACGACGCUGUACGAGAAGACAUCGUCCACAGAAAAGACAAACUCCACCACGGAUCCAACUAGCAACAGUUUCGUCGCACCAAUACCCGAAUUCAACCGUGGGAACUCGGCAUCGGCGGCUACUAGUGGUGCCGGUAGUGGCGGCGGUGGCGGUGGUGGUGGGGUCGCCAACAGUGGUAGCGCUAACAUCACCGGCACGGGAACUACCGGUACCACAACCGGAAGCACUACCGGCACCACCGGCGGCACUACUGCCGGCAGUGGUGGUGUAAACGUUGGUGGUACGGGUGGUGGCAACGGUGGCGGUGGUGGUAGCGUUGGAGGAGGCGGUGGUGGUGGCGGCACCGGUAAGGGACAUGUUAAGAGUGCAUCCGUCUCCAGUCCCGGUCCGUCAGCCGACAGUACUACCAAUAGUGCCGCCACAAACGAUCCCCUCAGACAAAGCAUGGUGAAUCGCAAUAGUCUUACACCAGCCGUUAAUUCUUCCAGACAACCGGUUGCAUUUCCCAGGAAUGUUCCAUCGCGAUCGACUUUCCAUUCGGGACAAACCAGAUCCCGAAACAGCACGGUAUACGCCGGAACGGGCGGCAAUGUCGGUGAUUCGCCACACUCUGGCAAGACUUUCUUGCAAAGACUUACUACCAGAUUUAGCAAACGGCUCAAUCAGUAGAGACUGAGAUUGUGUUUGUAAUUAUGAGAAAAGCGAUACAGAGCAGUGUUUGAAAAGGACAAUUUGCUUAACACAAUGUGUACCAGAUGUCUGCAGCAUAAGCAACAUAAGAACAUUUGUAUUAAAAACGAUUAGAAAGAAUGAAAGGAUUUGGUUUGAUGUUUGAAAUUUUGAUGAGACACAGCUAUUCAGAAGGUAACAAAGAGAACAGCGAAUAAAAUGAAUGAUAGCAAUGAGAUCCAUUUUUGUACAGCGUUUGAAACUGAAGCGUAGCAUAACGCAAAGAAGGAGAGAAGAAUAAGUUAAACUUUUAAUUCUAUCCAGAGGAUGGUCUUGUUAAAAACAAUCAUACAUGUUUUAAUGACUGCAGUUUUGUAAAGUAAAUAGCAUACUUUUAGGUGUGUUAGUUCCAUGCAUUGCAUACUUCCCAAGCCACCUGAAUGUAUGCAAAUCGUAUAAUUUGCUGAUUUCCUUAGGCACUUAAAUCAUUUUAACAAGAUUAUCGCCUGAUAACAUCCGUGUAUGGUCGUUUGUACGUUUAACAAUGCUGCCACCUAGGUAGGCGUACCGUAUUAAUCCUCCAACACCAAAACGAACGAAAAUCGAGCGUCACAAUCAUUCCAAGCAAUCAACCUUGAAAAGGUAGCCGAAUGCUCUCCGAAUUCAUACAUUGAUGUAGCCUAGUCUUAACAGUGAGGAGUCAAACUGCACGUACAGCAGGGUUCCAGGGUCCUUAUUGUGUCCUCUGAUUGGAAGACGGAUUUACACCCUGCACAAGGAUCAAGCUAUUCUGCUCUACUGUUAUACAGAUUUCCCGUUGGUGUUAUACGACUGACUUCUUGACGCGCACGUGCUGUAUCGUAGCUGUAAUUAGUUCUAAUUUAGUUUUAUCGAUUGUACAUAUACCCGUAGUAUACGAAAAAUCGAAAUUAAACACGAAUCGAACCGAGCACGCACGCGUAAACCAAAACACAACACAACCAGCACACCUGGCCGGAUUGUUCGAAUAUGUGUAUCCUUGUUGUGUACAGAUAUCUGGUAUUUUGAUGUUCAUUCGGUGCAUGAUUGAUGCGACCUUAUUUAUACACACCACUUCUAAACAUCGAGCGACACACGAUUAAUAUACUUUCGAUUUUCCUCCCAGCUUUCGUAGUAUGCUACGUAGUGCGUAGCUCCCUAACCUGGUAUGCGAAAAUUAGGUUCUCUUCUGGAUUUUUUACAUUGUUUUGGUACUUUUUUUUGUACUUGCGCUUUUUUAUCAACAUAUGGAUUCAACUAUUCAAACGUUUAAUACAUUCCCUUGCCUGCGAACAUUAGUCGUACGAACUAGUUUUCAUAUUAGUAUACUUACUUUCGUUUUUACUUUCGUCUGUAAUAAUCGCAUAUUUUUUCUUCAUUUAUUUUUGUUUUGUUUACAUCUGCAUAUGCAUUGUUUCUUGUUUUAUUUUUCUAUUGUUUACUUUGCAAUUUUUCAUCACUUUUAAACUUUUACUUUUUUCCUACUUCCUAUCAUAAACUCGAUACAUCUGUGUAAGGUGAUAUAAUAGUAUGCAAUGAUUUGUUUUCCAUCAUUUUCCUCCACUCUACCCCAUUCAUCCCACGUUUUGCCCCACCACGUAAUUGUUUUGCGCUCAUUUGUUGUUAUUGGUUGUUUCUAUCUUCUCUUUUUUUUUCUUUCUCUCUCUCUUUCCCUUUUUUAUAGUUUCAAAAUUAAAAAUAAUCGCGAACCAGACGGUGAGCUAAACGCACGCGUGUAACGGGAGCGACGCGCUCCUUUCCCUUUGCCUAUAUACGAAGCACACGAACAUAGAUACACACACACAAACAAAGAAACACACUCUCAUACACACACACAAGCGAGAGUUUGUUUUAAACGUUAACGUUAAACCUUCGUUACAAAAUAUUCCCAUCACUUUUGGGACCGUACUACGCCGUUAUAUGCUGUGACUUGACGCCCGUUUACUAUAACACUGUGCCGGCGUGUGCUUAUCUGUUAAGCGCCUAGAAGUGUGUUGAUAGCUGCAACAAGAAGAUCAGUUUCGUAACGCAUUUUCACACGCACACACACAUACGUAGGAACGCAUCCUUUAUGUAAACAAAUCAAACAAUAGAGAUGUUUUAACACAGAAGAUUUGUGUGUGAAGAUGGCAUGAAUCGUCGUCGUAUGUUAUUAAUUUGUGUGUUUUUAUCUAAACGUUAGAUAAUUGCUUUUACACACCAAUAGGGCAGAGAGAAGAGGUAUUAAUUUAUUCUCUAAGGAUCAUUUGCAAAUUACACUCUGUCUAAACUAGCAACUCUUAGCUCUGGGACGUUAUAUUACAAAGUUUGUAAUAACGAUUGUAAACGUACAGUCUCCAUAUCCAAAUUCUUCCCUUUCUUUUGAACACCUUUGCAACGCACUAUUGGUGUGACGCUAACAAUCUAUUGCGAACUAAUGCUAGGAUGCGUUUAGUUCCUUUCCAGAGUAUUAGCAUUCACGCGUAUGAUUCAUUUUAUCGUUUUUUUAGUAUAUUAGUAUCUAUUUCCAUGCGUAGUAUUAAUGCUUCUUCAUUCGUGUCCCGAUGAUUGGUUGAUCUAUGUAAUCUUCUGUAUGCAGCAAACGCGUGCACCUACACCACUACCAUGUCCAUCUGUAGGGACAUUCGAUGGUGAACGAGAAUAAAAACAUUCGUCUUCGCGCGAACAUCCAACAGGUCAUAUUAAUGCAAAACCAGUAGAGAAAUAAAAAACACACACAGAAAGACACAGAUAAACAUACCACUCCACUCUACCACGAAAUGAUACACACAGAGAAGAUCAGGAUGAUAAUGAGGAUGAGUAUGAAAAAAAUUUCGAACCUGUCGUUUAGAUAAUGCGUAUCCAGGGAGAGAGAAGAAAAGUUUCUUUUUCUUAAGAAUUAUUGUUAGUAAAACAAAAAUAUUGUAUGCAACAUUUUAGCAAUAAACGUAAAACAAAGAAAAAAAAUAUGAACAGAUAAAAACAUAAAACCUGCAAGUAGAGGAGCAUUUGUUUCGAAGUGUAUAACGCAGUCGUUUAUUUAUUUUUUUUUGUUAACCGGACCUGUUCAGUUUUGGCCGAGCCAUGUCGAUUAGUUAUGCCGUAAUUUGGAUAUUGUUUCGUAAUAUUUAAUGUAUGUUUGUAAACAAAAAAGUAAUGUUAGCUAUGUUACAUUUAAAACUAGAA